AUGACAGGAUGAAGAAAUAAAACAAAACUUAAACUUGAUCAUCUGCCAAGAACGUACUUGAAUUUUGAGAAUCAUGGACUACCUUACCUUUUUUAUUUUGUUUGUUACAUCAUUGGUUUUGAUACCUUCUAAUGGAGUGGAUGAAAAAGUAAUGCCUUUAAUCUCAAAAUUACUGCUCCAAGUAAAUGAGUUAGAAGAAAGAAUGAAAAUGCAUGAAAGUAUUAUCAAGGAUCAGGAGCUAGCUAUUCUUAGAUUAGUUGAAGAGAAGACCGACUGUUUUAAAAUUCCUGUGAAGUGUAACGAAACGGAAACAAACGGAAUUCAGCAGAGAGCUACAUCAGGUGGUGGUGUGGCCUUUAAUGCAUAUAUGGGACAGAGCAUGGAAAAUCCUGUUGCAGGGCAAGCAAUUAUAUUUUAUAAAGUUGUCACUAACAUUGGUGGACAUUACAAUAAACAAACUGGAAUCUUCACGUCACCAGACAACGGGGUUUACGUUUUCUCUUGGACUAUAUACUGCGAACCUAAUGGCUAUAUAUACACAGACUUGGUUGUUAAUUCAAGACCAUAUGGUCAAAUGCAAUGCAAGGCUGGAAUUUCGCGCAAUUCAAUCACGGGGGUAACAGUUGCUGCAAUAAAGCAAGGCGAUGUCGUGUUUGUCAGUACAGAAUGGUAUAAGGGUAGAAUAGAGAGCUUUAGCAACGUUAGAUCAUCUUUCAGUGGAUGGAAGAUAUUUUGAAUUGAUUUAUUUCAAAUGUGACCGCAUCGUAAAAAAAAAUUAAAUAUUUUCAAAG